CCUACACAGCCUUGAUCUACCCUAGACCAUCCCUCAGAGAAAGGAUAUCUGCAUCGAGGCCUCGAGUACUUAAAGAGAUCCACGCGACAUGCCCCCAUCCCCCAGCCUCAUCACCCGCUCCCUCCACACCCUUCUCACGAUCCAAACCCUGCUAUCAGCCUCAAUCAAUAGUCUACUCAGAUUGUGAGCGAACGCAUAAUCUAACACGACCAGACGUGAGAUAGAUAGCCAUGCCGCGCGAGAGGAAGCGACUAAUCCCGACGGACGACCUCCGCCACCGCUACAACCAUGCCCUCCUGACAGCCGCCGAGUACCCGACCGACUACAUCCCGGAGCACGCGGAGCAGGUGCGGUUCAUUCUGGCGGAGUCCGCCGGCGAGAUAGAAUGCUGCCUGUGCGACAUGGAGAAGUACCAGAACGUGGAGCAGUGCCCGCGGUGCCAGGCGACGAGCCAUGUGAACUGCCUGGACCUGCUGCGCAACCACGAGCGGCGGCACGGCCGGCCGCUGGCGUACGGCUGCCCGGAGUGUGGCGUGCUGUGGCGCGCGCCGGAGGAGCGCGCCGCCAUCGCCGCCGAAUGCAACGAUCGGCGGCGGAGGACCACCAUCGGGCCCCGGACCACCUAUCGCUACCAGCACGACGAGAUCAGCGGGCGGCUCAUCUGCGCCUUCGUCCGGCCGUCCACGGGCCGGAUCUGUGGGGAGAGCUACUACAUACACCAGCAGGUGCGGCGCCAUCACGAGCGGGACCACGAGGAACGCACAGUCUCCUGCGACUGCGGCCUGGGAUCGGCCGCGCCCGGCGACGGCCAGCCGGACCCGUCUUCCUGCUUCUGCCCCGUCUGCGGCGGGGAGUUUCUGUGCCGCCAUGCGGCCGCCGCGCAUUGCUGGGACCAGCAUCGGGAUCAGCACUGGCCUCCCACGUGUCAACUCUGCCGAACCAAGUUCGACAAAUACCUCGACCUUGUUGUUCAUCUUUCGAAUCACCACCAGAAUCUCGAACCUGCUUAGUCAACAACCCAGGUCUCGGUAUCACACCAGUGAGGAAGGGGCAGCAGUCCGUCUGUAGCUAACACCUAGAUUUUUCUUGAGUUUCAGGCAUUAUCUUGAGAAGCACAUAGAAGAGAAAUAAUCGGAGUUAUGGGGCUGGAACCCCAAUUUAAAGUUGUUUUGUUUCAUUAUUAUAAAGUUUGCGGUAUAGUCUUUCCAUCUGCAGGACAGUUAUGAUGGAUUGUUGAACAAGCGGUAGAUGGGGCCGUAUUCGUCCCGUGAGAUCAGACAUCC